AUGGAAGCUGACAAGAGUGGCUUCUGAACCAAGCGCAACAGCUACAUGGCCUUCUGCAGGCGGCUUGCACCAAACCUGAGAGUUGCCUUGCAAACAUGGCCAAGCCCAUCCAAUCUACGAUUGGUGGAGCUUCCAAGCUGGACGUGUACUGCUUUAGGAGGUGUUCGGGGAUUUAUUCGGCAUCCUGUCAAAGCAACAGGUCACAUUCUCGGACACAAGAUGGAAGUGAUCCAGGGGUCGCGGAAGCGCCCAUCGUACAUGCCUCCCAAAAUACCGAAGCAUCCUUUGCAAGAUGUUGAGCUCAAUAUGAACGAAGUCCUCACAUACAGUGACAUGAAGCUUCGUUGGCAGUGGACCACUAGAUUCUCCACAAGCCGAAUGACUAUCGCUCGUCACUGGAAGCCUAUGCGAACGGAGUUCCCGCGCAAUAAGCCAACCUGUGCCUUUGUUUGGCACGAGGAUAUGCCGCACAGGACUCCUCAGCCAGAACUACCUGAUCCUGAACACUUUGAAAGGAUCAAGAAGCAAGAACUCUUCUGCGUUUUCAAAAGCAGUGUGUAUCACCAGCACAAGGUCACGGUAGGCGAUAUCGUGCAGGCUGAAAAACUACAUCGGAGAGACGCAGGAGAGAAGGUGGUGUUUGGUACGGUGCUUUUGGUUGGAUCGAAGGACUUCACUAUUUUGGGCAAGCCCACUGUGCCUUACGCAAAAGUGAAGGCAACAGUAGAGCAGCAGACCCUCACCAAAGAAAUGCUAGCCUUCUGGUACAAGCCACGGCGCAAGCAGUCGCACUUCUAUAGAAGACGGCAGCACGUUACAAUGCUGCGCAUUGAUGAAAUCAUUUUGACACCUGAUGAGGAUCCCGCAGAUCCUCCUCCGCCCAAACCGGCCCGGCUUUUGGACUUGUGGGCAAACAGGUGGCUUGACCCUGCAGAGAAGGAAGGGAUUGAGAUGAUAGAAGGUGAGGAUGGACGGCUGAUCCCUAAAGUGGCCCAGAUCUACGAUGGAUUGGAGCACCAACCUGGGAGCUAUCACCGGCGUGGCCUCACAUCCUGCUACCGGUACUGGCCAGAUCCAGCAGCAACACAUUGGCGAAUCUGAGUCCAUUCGAUUGAGCAGAAAAGACAAAACUCACUAAGCUGAGGGUGAACUGGACGGCGG